ACCCCAGAAAGCUAGAAGUGUGGACAGACAGGAGAGAGGAGAGAAGAGAGAAAAUUCAGACACAAUAAAACUCCGAUUGGGGAGGGGGGAGAGAAAAAUAUGUAGGAGGAGGAAGGAGCCGCGGCCUGGGGAAAGGAUUGGAAAAGUUUCGCCUGGUUUAACUUCUCUCCUUCCUUCCCCCCCCUCCCCCCUUUCCAAGCAACAGAAAGAGCAGCAGCCAAGAGCACAAGCUAAACAAGCAGAAGGGGUCAUGGCACGCUUAACGAAACGACGGCAAGCAGAUACAAAAGCUAUCCAGCAUCUUUGGGCGGCAAUAGAAAUCAUUCGGAAUCAGAAGCAAAUUGCUAACAUUGACCGUAUAACAAAGUACAUGUCUCGGGUUCAUGGUAUGCACCCCAAAGAGACCACACGUCAACUUAGUUUAGCUGUGAAAGACGGCCUUGUUGUUGAAACCCUGACAGUGGGGUGUAAGGGAUCAAAAGCCGGUAUUGAGCAAGAAGGAUACUGGCUGCCUGGAGAUGAGAUUGCCUACAGUAUGCAGCCUUUCUCCCGGACAACAGCAAAAAUCAAGGACUGGGAGACAGAAACUCAUGACUGGUAUUGUUUUGAAUGCCAUUUGCCUGGAGAGGUGUUGAUAUGUGACCUGUGUUUUCGUGUGUAUCAUUCCAAGUGUUUAUCUGAUGAGUUCAGGCUUAGAGACAGCAGUAGUCACUGGCAAUGCCCAGUUUGCAGGAGCAUUAAGAAGAAGAACACAAGCAAGCAAGAGAUGAGUACGUAUUUGCGCUUCAUUGUCUCCCGCAUGAAGGAACGAGCUAUCGAUCUAAACAAGAAAGGCAAGGACAACAAACACCCCAUGUAUCGUCGACUGGUGCACACGGCUGUCGAUGUUCCAACUAUUCAAGAGAAAGUAAAUGAAGGAAAGUACAGGAGUUACGAGGAGUUCAAAGCAGAUGCUCAGCUUCUUCUACACAACACGGUUAUUUUUUAUGGAGCUGACAGCGAGCAAGCGGAUAUAGCCAGGAUGCUUUACAAAGAUACCUGCCACGAGCUGGAUGAGCUUCAGCUUUGCAAGAAUUGUUUUUAUUUAUCAAAUGCACGUCCUGACAAUUGGUUCUGCUAUCCUUGCAUACCCAAUCACGAGCUAGUUUGGGCUAAAAUGAAAGGUUUUGGAUUCUGGCCUGCCAAAGUCAUGCAGAAAGAAGACAAUCAGGUUGACGUUCGCUUUUUCGGCCAUCACCACCAAAGGGCCUGGAUCCCUUCCGAAAACAUCCAGGACAUCACAGUUAACAUACAUCGGCUGCAUGUGAAGCGCAGCAUGGGCUGGAAGAAAGCAUGUGAUGAGCUAGAACUGCACCAGCGCUUCCUUCGGGAUGGCAGAUUCUGGAAAUCAAAGAAUGAGGACAAAGGAGAGGAGGAAGCAGAAUCUAGCAUUUCUUCCACCAGUAAUGAACAGCUGAAGGUUACCCAGGAGCCAAGAGCAAAGAAAGGAAGACGUAAUCAAAGCGUGGAACCCAAAAAGGAAGAGCCAGAGCCUGAAACCGAAGCCGUGAGUUCAAGCCAGGAGAUUCCCACAAUGCCUCAGCCCAUAGAAAAGGUUUCAGUCUCAACCCAGACCAAGAAGUUAAGUGCCUCUUCUCCAAAAAUGCUGCACCGGAGCACCCAGACCAAUAGUGACGGAGUGUGUCAGAACAUGUGCCAUGACAAGUACACCAAAAUCUUCAGCGACUUCAAAGAAAGGAUCAAGGCAGAUCACAAGAGGGAAACGGAGAGGGUUGUGCGGGAAGCUCUCGAGAAGCUGCGUACUGACAUGGAAGAAGAAAAAAGGCAGGCAGUGAACAAAGCUGUUGCGAACAUGCAGACUGAAUGCGACCGAAAGACGAAGCAGGUCAAGGAGAAGUGCAAAGAGGAGUUUUUAGAAGAAAUCAAGAAGCUAGCCAGCCAGCACAAACAGCUGAUUUCCCAGACCAAGAAGAAGCAGUGGUGCUACAACUGUGAGGAGGAGGCGAUGUACCACUGCUGCUGGAACACCUCCUACUGCUCCAUCAAAUGCCAGCAGGAACACUGGCACGCUGAGCACAAGCGCACCUGCCGCAGGAAAAGAUGAACGCCUGCUCGUUUCCAUUGAAAAGAAGGAAGAAUCACCCCGGUUUAUUGCUCUUUUCUGAUGCAGCAGGUCUCUUUUUGUUUCCAAGGGGGCCAGAAUUGUUUGGAAUUCACUCUCCUCACCCCCACCCCUUCCUUUUUUUGCACCGGCCUUUUAAACACUUUUUUCAUAAAAAAAGAACUUUUUGCACAGUUUUAAACUUCAGUCUCGCGUUUUGACGCUCCUUUCAAAUGGUUGUCAAAUCCCUUCCCCCGCCCCACCCCCGUUCUUUUUACUUCUGUUUUUUUUUUGUCUGUAAGGUGGUCUGAAUAUCAGCUGGAGCACAUUACUUUCGGGGUGUGUGUGUGUGUGUGAAAUUUAAAAUCCUAGAAAAUACGUUGCGCUUUCAGCAAAUAAAAUGAAAUAAAAAUAAAAUGAAAGCUUUUAGGUUUCAUAGAGAAACAGAAAUAUAAUGACAGGAACAUUUUAAAAUAGAGAUCUGAAUGUAAGAGGAAUAAAAUUGUUUAGAACAGAAAUUUUAAAAAAGCAUACUACCUUUGAUGUAUAACACCUGUUAAUCACCUGAGCUGGUUUUUGUUCAGCUUAAUUUACUGUUUAAAGGCGUUAUCUGUUGGUUUGAACCAGUGGGUAUAUAUGAUUGAAUUUUGGGAACAGGGUUGACACUUGCAGGUGCUACUCCUGCCUGUUUUUUCUUACACUUCCCCCCCCUCCCCGUCCCCAAGUUCGUGUUUGUUUCAUUCAUUCCCUCCCCACAAUGUAUACCUUUUAUAACAGAAUAUUAGCUUUGAUCUUUUAGCUUAAAAAAAUCACAGGGGACUUGGGGUAGCCUUUUGCUGAGCUGGAUCUUAGAAGAAGAAAAAAUAUUUAAAUUUUUGCACAUUUCAUCCUUUUCCUAACAUAAAAUACUUGUAAAAAAAAAGGAAGCCAAAAAAAAACCUAAACAAAGGAAAGGGAAAUAUAUAUAUAUAUAUAUCUCCAGUUUUACAUUUAGUUCUACACGGAGCUGUGAAGAUGAGGCAUAAGAAGAAAAAUGGCUUGAAAAUUCGUCCCCUUCCUCCUCCCUACAGUUUCCCACCACACCAAACGUUCUUUGCCCGCUAAUCUACAUUACUUAUUCGAUAGUAAAUUAAUUGAAAUUGUGAAGGGCGGGAGAAAGCACUUAAGUUCCACAGAAGCAGUUAUGUUUGUAUGAAUUGGUCAAUCCCAUCUCUAUACUUAGAAUGAAGAAUAAUGCAUGUUACUUUUCCUGUAUUAAAGAUGCUGUGAUUUGUUUAAAAAAAAGUCUGUCUUUCUGCGGAAUGUCUGGAUAAAGAAGCGUAACCAAUAGGAAUGGAUCGAUAGUUGAAAACUGAAUUCCCACCCGCCCCCCCUUUCCCAUCCCUUUCCGCCUUCCUUUUGGUUUAUUUUAUGUAUAGGUAUAUAUACAUAUAUAUUAUAUAUAUAUAAAUUGCAUCCAUGUUCAGAGACAAUUUUUAAUAAUAGGUGUAAAGUUUUAUUUAACCAACUUUUCUUUUAAAGUGUCUCAGCAUUUAGGUUCUUUAAAAAAAAAACGGCAUGGUCUUAGACUCAACUAAUGCCCAGUAAUCACCUAGCUUUUUUUAAAAAGUUAGACAAAUAAUUUGUAAAUAUUUAUUUAGACUUUGGAUAUUUAUUGAAAGCGAUUACACAAUGGAACAAUGCGAGUGGAAGUAAGGAGAGGAAAAAUUUGUUUUUUUAAAGGAGGUUUUUCCUGGUUCCAUCAGGGUCAACCUAAAGAUGAAGCUCCUAUUCCGUUUUCUGCGGUUUGCCGAUGAAAUCCAGACCAUACGCAAACCGCAGUGUAAGAACGGACUUCGAAACAACCACAUAAUUUCUAGCAUGAGGUUAGUGUGAAUUUAAAUUGGACACUGUCGUCACAAAACAGUCGCCUCUUCGCCUUCGCCCUGAUCUAGAGUUCUUUGCACACGCUUGUGCAGGCUUUUGAGUCUCGCAUGCCACGCUGCCCUGUUUGUUCAGGUGAAUGGAACACAUUCACCCUAUGCAGAGACAAAAGUAGAUGCAUCUGCUUCCUCCACUGAAAUGGAGGAAGAAGUUCUUGUGGGCAGGAGAAUUCGAUCUCAGCACUGGAACUCUUGUUACUCAACGAUGUCUCAGUUGGGUUAUCUCUUGAUCUAUAUCCUUACCUAAGGUUUUGUUGGCUUUAUGUCGUGACAGUAAAGGAAACCACCAAGCAACAAAGGAAUGCCUAAACUUUUUGUAAAAUUCUUUUUUUUUCCAAUUUCCCAAAAGAACUUCGGUCCAGCCCUAUAUAUAGAAAAAAAAAAGCAAGUUUUUGUGGAAACUUUUUUUGGUGUAAAAUCAUUCCAGGAUAUAUAUAAUAUUUAACUGAUAGCUGCAUGAAAGUAAGAUUUGUGUUCUUUUGGCUUUUUUUCCUGUCUCUGUUUGACACGGUUGCACAUUUUCAAGUUACUACAGCGUGAAAAAUUCUGUGUGUUUUUUUUUAUAAAAAAAAAACCAACAAAAGAACAACAAAAAGAUUUUGUGGCCUGGUUUUGUAUAAGUUUUAGGGGGAAAUAUUGUUUUAGGAAUCCUGAUUUAAAGAUUUUUUUUUCCUGCAAAUCAUAAAGCUAUAUUCAAGUGUUGAGCUUUUAGCCACUAUGCACAUUGUAAUUUACUCAUUGUGGCUGUCCAGUUCUAUGAUGCAUUCUGGCAUUUUGUAAGCUGCUCUGACUAGCAAUAUAUAGAGUCAUUAAAUGUGUUAACAUUGGUUAAUAAAUGUAUUUGAAAAGGCAA